UCCCAGCUGCACACACGUCGGGAAGAGUCGUGCUGACGACGUUGUACGAUAGAGCGAAAGCUUAGUUGUUUUCAGGAGUAAAAAAGUUAAUCUGCUGUUGACUGUUUUUGGAGUAGUACGCUUACUUGGAAAUUCACAAAGUGGUGGGAAAGUUGGGAGACAUGUAGAGACUUUUUGGUCGCAGGUAUUAUAGCUUGACGAUGGAGGAACCAGCGAUAAGAGAGUUUGAGAUGUCCCUGUCAGACGGUCCUUCUGACGACGACGACGAAUUCCCGUCGACUUUACCCACAGAUGGCAGCCACAGUGGGAGCAUCCGCAAGGGCUGUGAUCCUUUGGCUCAGACUCAGCGCAGUAAGCUGCAGCAUCGACGGGCUCGCAUCAACCAGCAGAUCAACAAGGAGAUGCGUAUGAGAACUGGAGCGGAGAACCUGUUCAGGGCGACAACCAACAACAAGGUGAAGGAGACGGUGGCUCUAGAGCUCAGUUUUGUCAACUCCAACCUGCAGCUGCUCAAAGAGGAACUGGAGGAACUUAACAGCAGCAUGGACGUCUACCAGACAGACAGUGAGGCUGUCAAUGUUCCAAUGAUCCCACUUGGCUUAAAAGAAACCAAAGAGGUGGAUGUCACUGUUGCUAUCAAGGACUUCAUAUGUGAGCACUAUGGGGAGGACAGCUUUCUCUAUGACAAGGAAAUCAAAGAGCUUAUGGAACUUAGACAGGCCAUGCGUACACCCAGUCGAAACCAGGCCGGUCUGGAGCUGCUAAUGGAGUACUACAAUCAGCUGUACUACCUGGAUCAACGUUUCUUCUCUGCUCAGAAGAAUCUGGGUGUCCAUUUCCACUGGUAUGACUCUCUGACUGGCGUUCCAUCAUGUCAGCGUGCGCUGGCCUUCGAGAAGGGAAGUGUGUUGUUCAACAUCGGAGCCCUGUACACACAGAUUGGAGCAAGACAGGACCGCUCCGCAACAGCUGGCAUAGACCGAGCUAUAGAUGCUUUUCAGCGUGCUGCAGGUGCAUUUAAUUAUCUUAAAGAGAACUUUUCCAACGCUCCAAGUCUGGACAUGAGUAGUCCAUCACUCUGCAUGCUGGUGCGGCUCAUGCUUGCCCAGGUACAGGAGUGUGUGUUUGAGCGCAUCACCCUGACCACACAGGACACGCACUUUACCUCCCAGCUCCGGCUGGCACAGGAGGCUGCACGGGUGUCAGAUGUUUACUUGUUAGUGCAGCAGACUAUGGCACAGCCUUUGAUGAAGGACUAUGUGCCAUUUUCAUGGGUGUCCAUGGUUCAGGUAAAAUCUGAACACUUCCGCGCUCUCUCCCACUACUACGCUGCUGUUGCACUCUGUGACCACAUGUUGUUGGCAGGAGGGGAGGAAGAGGAGGAGGAAGCUGAGAAGGCCUUCCUUCAGUGCCAUGCCAGUGUUCCUGCAGGGCCACAACUCAGCCAGGUUCUUCGAGAUCCUGAAAAAAGACGAAAACUUGGUAAGGCCCACCUGCGGCGUGCUGUAAUCAGACAUGAGGAGGCCAUGCGUGUCCACAGUCUGUGCAAGAUCCUGAGAAAGAUGGAUAUCCUGCAGGAUGUGCUCUCUGUCACACACAAACGUUCCCUGGACAAAUACUCAGAGCUGGAUCGAGAGGAUGACUUCGAUGAAAUUGCAGAGGCCCCAGAGAUACAGUCUCAUACCCACCAGAAACCAGACAUCGUUCCACCCAAUUUCUCCACAGUCAAGGUUACUGAUAUCUUCCAAAGACUGGGUCCACUGUCAGUGUUCUGUGCGAGGGCUCGCUGGGGCCCGAUGCGUGUGAUCUGCCUGAAUAAGAGAGAAGGAGGACUGGGGCUCACACUCAGAGGAGACUCUCCUGUCCUGGUGGCUGGAGUGGUACCUGGAGGCUGGGCAGAGGAGGCUGGACUGAGGGAAGGAGACUACAUAGUAGCAGUGGAUGGAAAGGACUGUAAGUGGGCCAAACAUGGUGAGGUGGUCCACAUGCUGAAGAGCUGCAGUGACAGAGAGGUGGAGAUCAGUGUGGUCACAUUACACUCACAUGAUACACAGCAGGUGGAGAGGAGGGCAGUUAUGCUGUCGCUGUGCAGCGACAAAGAAAACACUCGGCAUCGUCUGCUGUCUGGGGCUAAAGGCCAGAGCUCCGCCUCUUUGCUGAACUGGAACAGGAAGAAAAAGAGGGAAGGCAGCACGAUCACAAAGAGACUUGGAAGCGCUUUCAGUUUGUCGUUCGGAAGCAUCCGAGACACUGAGGCCAUGUACUAAGAGAUGACUUCAGAGGAAUCACUCAGGGAAUCACAGCAGCGGAGCACACGGUACAAGUAAAGCAGACACAAAGAAACAGCCUCUCCUGAGUUGAGGAGGUAGGUGAUGAUGCAAAGCUGGGACAAAGGAAAAGUAUAGUCAAGGAACAAGUGCUGUGCCAAGUUCUUCUUGCACACUCCAGCAUAUCCAACAUCUUCGUCAGUUAAUCACUGAAAUAUGAUGUUUACUACUUUUACCCAUUGUACAAAAGUGAAUUUGAAGUAUCACAGAAUUGUGUUCUGGCAUCUUUCGAACAGAGACUGCACAGUAGGUGAAUCAGUAGUGGAAAUAUGUUUGUAAUUUCUCACCUGAAGUCACUAUUAUGAAGGAUCUGUUUGCAAAUGCAAAAAAAAGCAGCACAAUAUGGUACUGCCCAUAUCCAAGAUACUAUGGCUUCACUUUUUGGGACUGUCUACAUUGUACAGGCCUUGAACAGUGUCCCCAGUUCCUACACUGGGGUAACCUGACUUUGAAUUUAAAUUGUGUGUUUAGGAAGAAUGUGGUGGCAAUGUAUAUAAAGUCAAAGUGUGUGAGUAAAUAGAUGCUAAUUUUCCACAGGGCCUGGCAAAGUUACAUUUGUAGAAUGUUAAUGAGCUUUAUGUCAUAUAAGUACAGUAGCUACAAAAAUAAAAGCUCAAAAGUAUAAAGGGAGCAAAAUAACAGAACUGAGGCUUCUUCUUAAUUAAUUUCAAGGCUUUAGAAACAUACAUGCUUGCUGUGUUGAAGCUGACAGCUGUACAGUACCCUUCUUUAUGGACACACUUUAAGUGUAAAAAGUGACUCUGUUCCGUUCUGUUGAUACCAACAAAUGAUCACCCACACAGCCCAUUUUGUUGUCUUGGUUUCCUCUGUGAGACAGGGUGCCACAGACUUUGAUAAUAUACCUGUUUUUACACACAACCUGCAGGCAUAGGAUUUUUUAAUAAAUCGGUAGAAAGAAUUGCACAUGUGAAUGUAGUCUAACACUAGACAUUAACUAAAUCAGACAUGUAAUGCUUUUUACCCUGUUGGCUCGCCACUAUGGAGAUUAUGUCACAGUGUGACAUUUGUUCAGGUGGCUGUCCAGUAAAUUCACAUAGAGUGAGUGAGUGGGUGUUAUCAAUCAGUAUGAACAAAUCUAAAGCAAACUGCUGUGAAAAAAGGAAAACUGUGGGAUGGUUCAAGCAUGAUUUUCCUCAAUUUUUUGGAAUUGUUUGAAAACAAAUAUAUUUUACUGAACUUUCAGCAAACAACUAUGAUCAACAUCCCCUUCUAGUUAAUAAAUGCAAGGUUAACAGUGUUAGCAGGGCCCAUUGUUCAAGCACUGCACAAUUCUGCACAGCUGGCAAAGUUAUUGGUAAGAAUAAAGAAAAAAAAAACAGCUCAGAGUGUAGUGGUUUACACAAAUUACUUUGGGGUUGUGUCAGAAGGGAUAUCUGGUGUAAAAACCUGCCAAUGUGGUGCUACCCACUGUGAUGAUCCCUUGUAAAUACAGCUGAAAGUAGCUUCUCUAAAUGUUAAUAUUUGUUGAAGAAGAUAAAGCAGAAUUAGCAAGGAAGUACAAAAUUUCUUGUACUAUAUUCUUGAUGGGACCGAAUAGACCAGCAGUCACCUGUGAUUAACCACUGAAGGCCUCCAACUGUCAGUCUGUUCACUUCUGACAGAAAGCACAUUCAGCUUUUAAUAGAUUAGGAUUAAUUUGGCCAGUCAGUUCAACCUGGAUUUAUUACUAAAAGUAUCAUGUUGGAAUUAAUCCUCAGAUCAUUUUUUUAUGUUUAGUUUUAUCAUACCUAGGUGACUAAAAGCACUUGAACUUUGCUCUAUUUUCUAAUGUAGUUUUAGUAUUUUGAAUGCACUGUGACAAAUAUUUUGUAAAUGUAGUUUCAGGUUUUACAAUAAUGACUAUGAUGUACUCACAUUGAGAGGAUGUGUGUUUGGAUGUCAAAUGUGAUAAAGAGCGAUCAUGUAGGAAAAGCAUGACAUGAGGUGUGAUUACACCAAAGUCCACUGUGUUUAACAAUGUCCAACCACUGUACUGUAUAUUAGAAACAGCCAAUGUUACAUCUGUAGUUGUAGGACGAUACUGAGAAAAUGUUUCUUUCUUUAAAUCAGUGCUGUUUGAACUUUUUGUAAAAUUUUGAUACAACUUGACGUAGCAUUUUGUUCCAGCUUAAAAUGAAUGUUAUUUGAGUUUGUCUGUGUUCACUGUAACAUGACGGUCCAUUGUCAUGAGUGUGGAAAGCAUGAGGGGACAAGAGCAAAUUCAGUGUUUAUCUGGGUCUUGUUUCGUCUAAAAAAUCUUAAAUAUAGUUUUAAAAGAUCUUACAACUUCUUUCACAAUGAUGAUAUUCACAUUCCUUUGAAAAUGAGCAACUUUUGUGCCACUUUUGACAGUAAGAAGACUAUUCAAAUAUGCGAUACCAUGAUUCGUGCAUCCACCAGAGUAUGAAUGUUAGAUAGAAAUAAAGCACUUAAGCAUAGAAAAAAUUAAUUGUAUGAAUAGGUGUGAACGAGGUACCUUGUAUAAAGCACUUUGAUUGCUCAGCUAUAGUAGAAGAGCACUAUAUAACAACCAGUCCAUUUAACAUUUACUUUUCUCCACUUGUGUUAGCACAGAGAUGCUAAUUUCUUUCCUCUGUUCGCUAACAUCAACUACUCCAGUUUCUGGAACUGAGAUGACAGCUUCAUUUUCUCCAUCCUGUGUUUGAACAUUCUUGAUAAUCCAUUUCUGACCCGAGGCUGCCCGAUAAUCUUUCCUCCAUCUUACUUUUGAAACAUUUUUUAAUUCCCUGUUGAGACACUGAGUUACCAAAUAUGCUUCUCUACAUCCUAUUUUUUCCAUUAUAUUUCAGUUCACAUUGUCAGCAGGUUUCCAGAUACACUUUCCCUGUUCUACUUGUUAUAUUUGUCUGCUCAAUUUGUAUUUGUUGCCAAAUCUUUCUUUACACUCUGUUGAGCAUUCUCCUGUACUGUGUUUAGCCCCAAUAACAUUUAGCAAUUACAUUUUAUGAAAUAUAGCAUGUACUGUCUUCUGAAAGGACAAUAUAUAUUACUACUGUAUGGGUAAUAUACUCACACCCCUUAUCAGUUCAGGUGCUGUAGGAAACUGGUUCAAAUGAAAGAAUGUUGCUACAAUCCAGCACCUGAUUUCAGCUCUCUGUUUUCACGGCUUAAGCAAGGCCAGUGUAUAUCUAGGCCACGACUUUCUUUCAUCUUCCUUCACUUGAAAGCUAAAUCUUUGUCAGAAAGUAUUACUCAGUGGUCUUAUCAUUGUAUUUCUGUUCUCUGCAAGCAUUGUUGCAUGCAGUUAUGUGUUCAAAUGUGUUUGAUCAGUACUGCUCUGACUACAAAUGGAAACCAGAUGGGAUUUUCUGCACUAUGAGAUCUUGAUUGAUUGAUUGAUUGAUCAUACUUUAUUCAUCCUGAGGGAAAUUAGGUUGGCUUGUUCCUUUCCUUCAGAUUACACAUUUAUGUGCAGGAAAUGCAGAUUGCUCCUCAAGCAGUCUGCCUAUUGUUGAUUAACCGCUGCUGCACGGCUUUGGUUUACUUGCACACAAUGUUGAUAAGUUAAACUUCUGAUGCUUUCAAAUCCAUAACACCCCGUUUCUUAGGGAUCAAGCCAUUUCAGACAGAAACCACUGAGAAACAUGACCACACACUUGCAGACACGGUGGCAGCUCUCACUGGAUCAUCUCCACAGUUGCCCAACAGCACAAUUACAUUGACACCCUUUGCCAGCUUCAAUGGCAGUUUUUAGGGCCAGCUGCACUUUCAGCACAACACUUAGCACUGCACAAAUGCCAAUCCAGCCAGGUUUGGGGUUUUUAUGGCAGAAUGUGGUUCUACACCAAACGACCUAAGUUCAGUCAGAAAAGUUUCUUCUAGCCAACAUCAGCUGUUUUCAAAUUUGUUCGGUAGUAAUAGUAGCUCUUUUCCAGAGGCAUAAAUCAUCAAGAGAGCCAUUUUCAUUCACGUAGACAACCCAACCUUUUUUGACAUAACCAUCUUAGACAGAAGCAACUGCUGUCUUUGACUUAACAUGACUAGAUUUAGAAAUUUGGUUCAUUUCAUCCCAGUUUCAACCUGCUUUUCUGAAUUUUCAGUCACUCCCUAUUCCUGUGAAUUAAAAUGCGUACCAUCAAAGUGUCACUAUUCAUUACAAGCCUUCAACAUUAGAUGCGUUUCUCUCACUGUCUACAUUACCUUCCAAUCUCCGAUCCUAAAGGGUCAUUAGAAUUUAGUCGGUAUACACUCACAGCCACCCCGUGUAAGUCCAUUCUGCUUUCUUUGGGGAUCUGCCAGGGCCAGAAGCCACUGCUGAUUGUUGAAGAGGCGCUGGCCUAACUUGUUGUUUCAUUUGGAGUUAGUAAAAGUUGAGAUUAAGUUCAUAGAAAUUCAUUUUUUUCCUUGUCUGUACUUUUUUGUGUGAUUAUUAAGUAAGUCUUAAAUUGGCUUCAUAAUUGUGUUUACAGCUCCCAGCUUAAAUUUAAUGUGUUGCAACCUCCAGAUGCACUGCAUUAUUUUGCAAUUACAUAGUUUUAUGUCUGUUGACUAUGUGUUUCCAUCACUACAAAAACUGUUUUAUUGUUUAUGACAUUAUAAAAAUAGAUUUGAACUCUUUGAAAAUAAUUUUUUAAAUCUUUUUAUUGUGAUUAGACCCAAAUACUUUUUUUUGUUAUGUCCUCUCUGGCUUUCCGUGUGCAUGUGUGCAUUUGAGUAAAUGCUUGGCAUUGACUGUUUGUAAGAGAAAUGAAUUUGUGUUUUUGCCUGAAUAUGUGACCAUCCCUAAUACUGCAUUUGGGGAUUUGCACAGUACUUUUUUCCUUAAAUAAAUACAAUAAAAGUGAAUAAUGAACUACUGUGCAUUUACUGUAACACAUGCAGUAGCACACAUCAUAGAAUCAUGAUGCAUUGAGCCACAGCUUUUAAUCUUUGAAUUCAGGUGUUUUCAGUCUCAUUACCACAGGUGUGUGUCUUUCAGAUGAAAUGUGAGGAAGUAUAUCCAGCUCAUAGGGGGUCGUGUGAUUGGUGGUCUUUACCUUAAAAUAUAAAGCACCUUAAAAUUACUGUUGUGAAUUGGAGCUGUAUCGAUUAAAAUUAAUCUGUACUUUCAAAUGCAUCGUUUCAUACAACUCAACAAAUAUCAGCAAAUACAAAGUGUUCCUAUGCAGUGUAGCGCACAGUCUGCUGAGUAUUCUCUUUAGUAUCACUUAUCAAACUCCACCUUUACACAGCUGUAUUCUGGCCGGAGGGUUUGAAAUCAGCCACAAAGGCUUAUGUAAUAUCUGCUCUUAUACUGCAGGGUAAAGUUGGGUACAUCCACAAAGCAUACCAAACCUCAGAAGCAGCAGCACAGGUUACCUGACCACAGCCUACAUGCAAAGAAAGUAAAUCUAGUACAGCUAAAACAAUUUUGUACAUGACUCGUUUCUACUUUCAGUUAUUUCUACAUGCUGCACCAGAGCCUUUGGUUCCUCACUUGCAAAGUUCCACUUUAGGCCCAGAAUACAUGUUUAUGUCAUUUUAUGCAGAGACCACCCACCUCUGCUGCACUUUUGUUAAGGGUGUUAUUAUGGAAGUUUCUGAUAAAUCCAUCAGUGUUAUGUGUCAAAAGGAAGGACAGACGUGAAAUGUUUCCAUCACAGUUAAAAAAAAAAAAUCUGUCAUAAAUAUUUGGUUAAUGUGAACUCUAACGUACACCGUUGAUUUAACACCUGUUGGAACAGUAACAGUUGUAUGGAACGAUACCACCCUGAUCAUUAAUAAGUGGUCAGUCACAAUCCAGGCUAUGAAGACUUUUCUGUUUGCCUCAGUAUUGUGUUUAAAGCACAUAAGUUUUUCUUCUGGUUAUAACGCUGAUUAUAUAAACAGGUUAAAGUUUUGAAGAUGAUUUAUUACAUUUAUUGCAUUUCAUAUGGGCUUAUUUGGAUACCUAUGAACAAUGUUCUUCUGCUUACAUCACAGUCUGAUAUGAAGAACAAGACAAAGUGAGAACUAUUUAUUAUAGAAGUGCUCACUUCAACAUUAUUUUCCCAUUGAGGCAAACUGGCAACACACAAGAUGUGUAGUAAAUUCUGAGAGAAGCUGUUUGUGCUUCUUUAAGUUCUGUGCUGCUGGAAACUGCACACACAGAGCAAGAAGCAGCUAUAUCCCACUGGAGCGUGCUGAGCAAAGAAGCUUGGAUAUCUUUGCGACUGUACAUGGAGACCAACAGUUCCUCAGCAGGCUGUCUGGUGGCAACUUCAGUCCAUCUCA